AUGACGGCCUCACCGCCCAACGUCGAGUUUGGCCAUGUGCCUUUCCUUGACCUGGCCUACGACAAUAAUGACUCUGAUAACUCGGCACGAAAACUCAUCCUGACCCUCAUGCCCGACUGGGCAAGCGAGGACUCCAACGUUGACUUUGUGCGCUUCACUGACGGCAUCACAAACACCCUGCUCAAGGCUGUCAACCGCCGUCCCGGCCUGUCUAAGCUCGACGUUGACAAGGACUCCAUCCUGCUCCGCGCCUACGGUCAUGGGACUGCCAUCCUCAUCGACCGUGAGCGCGAGGCUGAGAACCAUGAGCUGCUCAUGAGGCACGGCCUCGCCACGCAGCUGCUCGCCCGCUUCAAGAAUGGCAUGCUGUACCGCUACAUCCUGGGCACAGCUGCCCGUGCCCAGGACCUCAGUGACACUCUCAUCCUGACUGCCAUUGCCCGACGCCUUGCCCAGUGGCAUGCCACGGUGCCGUGCCUGCCAGACCCCAACCACGCCCGCGACGACAGACACGUCAACGGCACCGCCAAUACCAACACCAACGGAGCCUCCAACGGCCAUGUCAACGGCACCAGCAACGGCCUUGGCCAUGUUAACGGCCACGUAAACGGCAACGGAACCAAGGCCCGGCAGGACAUGAUUGACAACGCCGCUCCGGGGAAGCCCCCGCCCAACAUGUGGACGAUCAUGCAAAAGUGGAUCUUUGCCCUGCCGACCGACACGGAUGCUCAGCGCGAGAGGCAAGCCUUGCUUCAGCAGGAGCUGGAGGGCAUGAUCAAGAAGUUGAGCCAACGGCCUGGCCUUGGCAAGAACGGGCGAAAAAUGCAGCUCGUCUUUGCGCAUUGCGAUUUGCUAUGCGCAAACGUCAUCAUCCACCGAGACGGGGAUGCGGCGCCUACUGUCGACUUUAUCGACUAUGAGUAUGCCACUCCUUCGCCCGCAGCCUUUGAUGUGGCCAACCACUUUGCCGAGUGGGCCGGAUAUGAUUGUGACUACUCGGCAGUGCCCAGACAAGACCAGCGGCUGGCAUUCGUGAAGGAGUACAUCAAGACGUACUUUUCCUUGACCGGCGAGGACGUCGACGAGGAGGCUGAGGUGCGCAAGCUCAUGGAUGAGGUCGACGCAUACCGAGGAGUGCCGGGUUUCUACUGGGGCAUCUGGUCCCAGAUCCAGUCCGUCAUUUCCAAGAUUGACUUUGAUUACGCUCAGUACGCCGAGCUCCGGUUGAGUGAGUACUGGGCGUACAAGGCGGAGGAUGACGGCAGCCGGAAGGCUGCGGGUGAAGAGAUGCCACUAAGGGAGAAGACGUGGUGGAGCAACAACGAAUAA